CAAUCCAAUCCAGAAUCAGAAUAAAAUUUCGAGCAAUCGGAUACCUUUGAGCCAAAUUCCCCUUAACUCCAACCAAGCGCUAGCCUGCGCAUGGAGCCCGAAUGGAAUCAUGAACUUGUCGGCGGAGCAUCAUUUUGCUUAAUACUUUGGAGCACUCAAUCACGUACAUGGAAUCUCAUGCAUAUCUUCGGAGAGAUCCUAAGACGAAUUCCCCAAUGAAAUAUCUCGAAAGCCUUCAUUGCGGCUCAUAACCAAAUAAAUCUCUACGAAUCAAAUGCUGUUAUCGGAUGAAGUAGAAGAUGUUGGCCUAGCAAGCAACAGUGAGAGAGAGUUCCUUAGAGAUGGUGGAGGCCUCGCCUUCCUCUCCUCAUUCAAUUAGCAUCGAAUAUGGUCAUUGGGUUUCUGAGAUCCGCAAAAUGCUCCCUUUUAUCUGCAACUCGACGCUUCAAGCCGCACUUUGGGUUCUUACCUCGGCGCAGUUUUGCAGCCAACGCCGCUCAGCUUAUGGUUGUGGAAGAAGAGAGUGCUUUUCUGGAGCUCGAUUCUUAUGCUUACGCCCGAGCGUUGAAAUUUUGCAUUGCCGGAGGAGAACAGUACAGAGGAAAGGCCAUCCAUUGUCACGUUCUAAAGAAAGGCGGCUGCUUAGAUUUGUUCUGUUGGAAUAUUCUCCUCAAUUUUUACGUUAUAUUUGAUCUUGCUUCCUGUGCCCAUAGGCUGUUUGAUGAAAUGCCUUGUAGAAAUAUGGUUUCUUUUGUCAAUCUAAUGCAGGGCUAUGCCAACUGUGGCCAUUUCUCCGAGGCCACUGUGCUUCUUCUCAGGCUCUAUAGAGAAGGCCAUGAGCUUAACCACUUUGUCUUCACAACUGCUCUUAAGCUGUUUCUAAUGAUGGAUUUACCAGAGGUUGGACAUUGCCUGCAUGCUAGCAUCUGCAAGCUUGGCCAUGAUAACAACUCUUUUGUGGGGGCUUCCCUGAUUGAGGUCUACUCAUAUUGUGGACUUGUAAAUGAUGCACAAUGGGUAUUUGAUUCAACAGAGAAGGACAUUGUUGUUUGGACUGGGAUGGUGUCUUGCUUUUCUGAAAAUGAAUGUCCAUAUGAGGCCUUGCUUCUCUUCUCUGAGAUGAUGAAAGCAGGCUUCAAGCCAAACAACUAUACUCUUACUAGUUUGCUCAAAGUAUCUGUUUCGUUGUCUUCAUUGGAGCUGGGCAAAUCCAUUCAUGGUUGUUCGGUGAAAUCAAUGUAUGAAUCUGAUGAGUAUGUGGGUGGUGCUUUGCUUGACAUGUAUGCAAAAUGUGGAGAUAUUGUGGAUGCUCGUUUGGCUUUCAAUAUGGUUCCUGAUUGUGAUGUGAUUUUAUGGAGCUUUAUGAUUGCACGAUACGCACAGAGUAAUAAGAAUUCAGAGGCUUUAGAUCUUUUCCAGAGAAUGGUUAAAUCCUCAGUGGCUCCAAAUGAAUAUAGCUUUUCCAGUGUUCUGCAAGCAUGUGCUAAUAUAGGGGACUUGUACUUGGGUGGCCAAGUCCAUUGCCAUGUGAUGAAGAUUGGCUUUGUGUCAGAGAUCUUUGUGGCAAAUGCUCUUAUGGAUGUCUAUGCAAAAUGCAAUUAUUUGGAGGGUUUGAACAAGAUUUUCUAUGGAUUUUAUGAUAAAAAUGAUGUGAGUUGGAAUACAGUUAUUGUUGGCUAUGUAAAGUUAGAUCUUGGAGAUGAAGGUCUAAGGCUGUUUAUGCGGAUGCGGGAAUUUGGAAUUCCAGCAACUCAAGUAACAUACUCCAGUGCUCUACGAGCUUGUGCAAGCAGCGCAGCCUUUGAGCUGGUUGGUCAAAUUCAUGCUCUGGUUAUGAAAACUCCAUUCAAAGAUGAUAAUGUUGUCAACAAUUCUCUUAUUGAUUCAUAUUCUAAAUGUGGUAACAUUAGAUUUGCUUGCAAGGUUUUUGGUCUCAUGAAAGAGCAUGAUGUGAUAUCCUGGAAUGCACUAAUAUCUGGUUUUGCUAUUCAUGGUCUUAGUACUGAUGCUUUAUCUCUUUUCAGAAAGAUGACUGAAGAGGAGGGGAUCAAAGCCAAUGCGGUGACUUUUGUUGGCCUGCUCUCUGCAUGUAGUAAUAUGGGUUUGCUGGAUGAGGGUCGAUCUUUGUUCAGUUCUAUGACCGAAGAUUAUUGUAUUCAGCCUAGCAUGGAGCAUUAUACCUGCAUGGUUAAGCUUUUUGGACGUUCAGGACAAUUUGAUGAGGCCAUGAAACUUAUCAAAGAGAUUCCAUUGCAACCUUGUGUGAUGGUAUGGCGUGCAUUGUUGGGAGCUUGUUUGAUACACAAGAAUGUUGAUAUAGGAAAGGUUUGUGCUGAAAAGGUUCUUGAGAUUGAACCUCGAGAUGAGCUGACUUGUGUGAUGCUGUCCAAUUUGUAUGCUUCUGCAGGAAGAUGGGACAAUGUUAGCCUUAUUAGAAACUACAUGAGGAAUAAACAGGUAAAGAAGGAACCGGGGAUCAGCUGGAUUGAGAAGCAGGGUGAGGUCCAUUCAUUCACCUCCGGAGAUAUGACCCACCCAGAUAUGAGGGUGAUUAGUGCAAUGCUGGAGUGGUUGAAUAGAAAGAUCAGGAAAGCAGGAUAUGUUCCUGAUUUUAAUGUGGUAUUGCAUGAUGUUGGGGACGAACUUAAGAAAAGGUUGGUAUGGCUGCAUAGCGAGCGGCUGGCUUUAGCUUUUGGACUUGUAAGCUUGCAGCAAGGAAGUUCAAUUCGGAUCAUUAAGAAUCUACGGUUCUGCUCAGAUUGUCACACCUCAUUUAAAUUAAUAUCGAAGGUUGUAGGGCGUGAACUUAUUGUCAGAGAUAUGAAUCGAUUUCAUUGUUUUGAGGGUGGGAUAUGCUCUUGUGCUGAUUACUGGUGAUGAAGUAACUAGCUUCCUGUGGGUAGGUCAUAGAUUAUGAAGCAGAUCCUCUAACUUAUCAAGGCGUUAUGAUUGUGCGGCAGUUGUUGAGCACCAUCUCGUUUUGCAGGAUGAGGACAUGGAAAAAAACACUCAUGAAGAGACCUAAAGUUAAGCAAUUAUUUUCUGGCAUUUAUCUUUGUCCAUGUUGAUUUCAUUAUUUUAUGCAUUGCUAAAUCAAAGUAAUGA